UUCGUGUGUUUGCUUACGAAAGCAAAUCCUUCGUCUCGGAGAUGCAAGGCCAACGCAUGUUCCUAGUCUCGCCUUAUCCUGUCUUUUGGCAUUAUUAUAGCCAGCUGAAGGAAGGUAAACAGCACCAUUAUGAGAUCAUCCCAGAAGGUGCUGUCUGUAAGCUCUACUUUGAUGUGGAAUUCUAUAGAGAGAACAAUCCCACCUUGGAUGGCCACAGAGUGUGCAAUCAUUUCAUUAAGUAUGUCUGUGCUUGGAUACAAUACCUGUUCAAGGUUCCCUGUGAUUGCAGAUGUGUGCUACGGUUGGAUGCCAGUACCAGUUCCAAAUACAGUGAACAUUUGAUCUUUAUCCUCAAUCAAGCAGCGUUCAAAGACAAUUCCCAUGUCGGUUCGUUUGUUCAGUUUAUCUGUUCUCAUCUCGUAACUUGGUUACGGCAGAACAGAGCAGACUCGGAUCAAAGUAAACUCCUGUUACCAGAAGAUCCUGCGGUGGUUGACCUGUCUAAAACUCCUCCCCCUGCAACACCAGCAACUAUCGAGGAUAGUUCCAGUUCAAGACAGCAACAUCUUUCGCCACAAUUACCAACAUCCACCUCAUCACCAUCACAGAACAUUAACGCCUCGUCUUCUGUUGUCAUAAACGGCCGUGACAUCUUGUGUGAGCCAGGGAAAGUUCUUUCGCAAUUUUCUCUGUCGGAUUUAAAAGAAACUGUGGUUUUUGACAAAGAUGGAGAUGAAACUGCAAUCUGUGAUCUUGGUGUCUACUCAAAGAAUCGGAACUUUCGUUUAUUCCUGUCUUCAAAACUUCGCAAAAAGAAUCCCUUGCUUGUGUCGGGUCAUAAUCAAUACCCUACAGAUCAAUCGGAUCAGCAGAGUGUCUUUUUUGAUUCCCUAAUUGCCAAUGUACAAUACCAUCAGGACCUGAGGAUCUUAACAUUUAACACUCCUGGUGAAAUCAAGUUGAAACAGAAGAGAUUGUUGGCUGUACAAAAGAAUGAAGAUAACCUCAAGGGAGACUAUUCCUCGAAUCCUUCUCCGUAUCCUGAGAUCGAUGCAUUUAUUAACUCCAUCAUUUCCACUCAAAGCCGCAGAGGAAGAAUCUUCCGAUGGAUGUAUUUCAGCAAUGAGAAUCUCUUAGGCUACGACAUCUGCCAGUACCGAUGGUGUGGUAACAUUGGUCGUGAACACCGAAGUAACAACAUCAGACUAAUAGUGGACCUGAAGCAAUGUGUUUAUUACCAGAAAUGCCAUGAUCCAGAUUGCAAACGGAUUAAUUACCGUUCUGAAGAUUAUCUGUUGCCUGACAAUUUACUUCCCUGGUUGAAUGACUCCACAUUGGAUGAGGACUUUGAAGACAGUCUGUUGGUUGAUGCUUUGGAAAGCCAUGAAAGAACUGAAGAUUCCCUGUUGGUCGAGGCUGUGGAAGGGAAGCAAGAAGUGACCGACCCGUUGAUGGAUGCUGACGACGAGGAGGAUCAACGUUUGUUGGUCGCUGCAGAAGAGAUGGAGAAAGAUUACGGUGUCUUAUCACAUGGUGGAGAAUGGGGCUGAACCAAGAGGUAAAUUGUAAGAGAGCACCUGUUUAUAUAUUGAUGCAUUGCAGGUAACAUAACAGAAGGUACAAAUCUGUAUAUGAUCUUAUUUUUGGUCAAUUUUGUUGAAGGUUAAUAUGCCAUCAGCUGGAUGAAGGAUUUUAAAAUCUUAUUGUGGGACCCUAUAUCUUACUCUUGUAGGAAAUGGUUUUGUCUGGACCAUUUCCAGGUGUUUGACCACCUGUUUGGUAUUCUCUGGAGGAAUUUGUUGAAAUAUGAGUUUGAAGUUGACCAUUUCUGAUGGUGUGUUUCUUACUUUACAGUGACUUUUUUUUUUCUCUCUGUCUCCAGGGUGGUUGCAGUUUUUUUUUUUUUUUUUUGCAGGUGGAUUAACAUCUGCUAGUGAUCAUCAUCAUCAUCAUCAUCAUCAUUUAACAUCCGCUUUCCAUGCUAGCAUGGUUUGGACGAUUUAACUGAGGACUGGUGAAACCAGAUGGCAACACCAGGCUCCAAUCUGAUUUGCUAGAGUUUCUACAGCUGGAUGCCCUUCCUAACGCUAACCACCCCACAGUGUAGUGGGUGCUUUUACGUGUCACCCGCACGAAGGCCAGUCAGGCGGUACUGGCAACGGCCACACUCAAAAUGGUGUAUUUUAUGAGCCACCCGCACAAGAGCCAGUCCAGGGGCACUCUCUACAAUUAUUCACUUAAUAUUUUCUUUAGUGAGAAGACACCACAUCAGUGGGACUGAGUACACCAUGUGAGGGGCUCUGUAAAACAUAGGGGACAAAAGGAUGAUGGCAACUGGAUUUGUGGUCUAGAAAGGUCUCUAAGAAUCCAAGGGUACAUCCUUCUGGCUCCGCUGGCCUUGUGGCUGAUGUAGGUGCUCCAGCUUGGUUUAAUACUUCAGUUCUAAUUUAGUCUCUGUUGUUGACAUCUGCUAGAAGGAAGAGAACAUGGCUGUUUUAAAUACACCCUCUUUUCCUGUUAAGCUGUCUUAGUCCUUACAAAAGCCAGGGGUCAGUUAUUCUUAAUUUCACCACCCUCUCAAAUGUGUCAAUGGUUUGCGAGGGAUGCAGAUUCAAUGUUAAUACACUAAGUUAUUUCCAUUUGUGGAAACUGAAAUCACCAACUGGGACAGAAAAAUGUUCGGCAGAACUCUGCUUUUACACACUGCAUAUAAACCACCCUAUAAACUUUUAUUUUUUGAG